CUCCUUGCGUCCGGGCUCCUCCCGGCCCUCCUCCUCCUGCUCCUGUUAAUCUCUCGGGGGCCGAAGCUGAGUUCUUAAAGGGCCAGAGCGCCUCUCCCCUAUCCUGCGCUCUGCGCAGCUGCUCCCAGGCGGGGGAGGGGCGCCCCCCGCCCUCGCCGCGCUCAGGUGCAUUGUGGGAGGCCCCCCGCCGGGUUAGGGGAAGGGGGCGAGGGGGCGGAGCGCUGCAGUUUGAAGUGCCCUCCAUGGAGCCAGAAGGGGCCGUGGCCAGCCUAGGUCCCGAGGGCCCCGGCCAACUCCAGGAGCCCCACGCUCACCCUGCCUUUGGCUCGCAGCCUGAAGACCCAGCCCAGGACAGCUCCGAUGGUUCGGACACAGUGUUGUUGCGCCUGUAUCCUUGUACUCCAGACUCGGGAAGUCCCGACCUGGAUGGGAUCCUCACUACACCUCCCACAGGCAAUUCCUUGAAGCACUCUACCACCCUGACCAACCGGCAGAGGGGAAAUGAGAUUUCAGCCCUGCCUGCCACCCUGGACUCUCUGUCCAUCCACCAGCUUGCCGCUCAGGGAGAACUGACCCAGCUGAAAGAAUACCUUCUUAAAGGUGACAACUUGGUGAACAAACCAGAUGAGCGUGGCUUCACCCCCCUGAUCUGGGCGUCUGCUUUUGGAGAGAUUGAGACUGUGCGCUUCCUGCUGGAGUGGGGUGCUGAUCCUCAUGUCCUGGCCAAGGAACGGGAGAGCGCCCUCUCACUGGCCAGCACUGGAGGCUACACAGAUAUUGUAGUCAUGCUUCUGGAGCGGGACGUGGACAUCAACAGCUAUGACUGGAACGGUGGGACUCCGCUGCUCUACGCUGUGAGGGGGAACCACGUGAAGUGUGUGGAAGCUCUACUGGCCAGAGGGGCAGACCUCACAACAGAAGCAGAUUCAGGCUACACCCCAAUGGACCUGGCUGUGGCCUUGGGACACAAGAAGGUCCAACAGGUGAUGGAGAACCAUAUCCUUAAGCUUUUUCAGAACAAGCUGCUUCCAGAGACAGAGUGAAGGGGGCGUAGGACACUGGGCUUUGGUCCUCUGCCUCCCACCUGCUGCUCAGGGAGGCCAGCUUACUAAGAAGCCAGUUCUUCAAUACCCAUGACCAGGGAGAACAGGUCCAAGAGGAGGUGUCCCUCUUCCUGUGGCUGAAGGCCACCUACAGAGCUUUGGGGGGGGCCACCCAAGAACUCAGUGCCCAGCGAUCAUGUCCAGUGUGACACAGGGGGCAGAAGCCGAACUGAAACAAGGCUCCUCUCCUUCCCAGGACCAUGGGAGGGACUAUGCUACUGGCUGAUGACUUGCCCUGGCUGGAGACGUAGCUCCCCAGCCCCCUCCACCCAGCCAUACUGGCUCCUCUGCUACCCGCACACCAACCAUGCCUCCUCCAGCCCAUGAAAUGGGAACAAUAACCAAUAAAAACGAGCUGCUACCCCAACA